GCCAUUAAUGUGUGUAAAUGUAAAUCAUAUUUAGGUAAUAAAUUGCUACAGCUUAGUUUAAAAUUGUUUUAAGUUUUGUUUUAAUUAAAGACCGUAACCCGGAAGCUAAGGGACACUUCCGCGUUUACGGGGUUGUGCUUUUAUUUGACAGAAGCAGGUUGUGUAAGAAAGGACGCACGUGAGCACAUCAGUCUCUGCAUUAUAUAAAACAAGGGGAAAUGUCGAGCCUGUCAGCAGCCAGUGUGGAGGCUUCACCAGCAAUAGAGGGGGCAGAGCAGAAGAAACCUCUGAAACCGUGCUGUGCGUGUCCUGAGACCAAGAAAGCACGAGAUGCAUGCAUAAUUGAAAAGGGAGAAGACAGCUGCACAGACCUCAUUGAAGCACACAAGGAGUGCAUGAGGGCUCUUGGUUUUAAGAUAUGAUACCACCAUCAUCUUCAUAUUGAGUGAAUGUGUGUGACAGCCUGUGUGAAAUGGGACCUGGUGUGCUCUUUUAUUUAUAUUUUUACACUGGAGGGAAGAUUAUACAGGGCGAAUUUGUUCCUCUGAGGGAAAUGUUGUCUGUCUUUUCUUUCUCUUUUUUUCAUAUGUGCUUUACAUACGUUUAUGGUCAAUAAAGAUCCUAUGCAAGAUGUUAA